GCCAAUCAAACGCAGCCUUUACAUCUCCUCUUAAGAGCACAGACGCACUGAGAUUCUCCUCAUUCAACGCAGCAACAUGCUGACUCCCCUGAGGCUGGCUCUGAUUCUCUUGUGUCUUUUCUAUGGAGGCUUGGCUCAGAUGACUGAUCUAAAAUCUUCCAUAUAUGUGCGACAGGACAGCAGCUACUUUAGAGCUGAUGUUGGUGACAGUGUGACUCUACAGUGUUUCUAUGAAGGCAGUGCAGUCAUGUUUUUCUGGUAUAAGCAAAGUCUGGGAGAGAAACCAAAGCCCAUGUCAUCCUUCUAUCGAUAUAAAGACAACGCCGACUUCCUGGAUGAAUUCAAGGACAAUCCACGCUUCAGAUUAGACACAGGAAACGGCAAAAAUCACCUGACAAUACUAAAUCUGUCCAUUUCUGACUCUGCCACCUACUACUGCUUAGGUAGCUAUGGGUAUGAGUUUGAGUUUGUGGAGGGUGCUACUGUGAGUGUGAGGGGUUCAGGGUUGAGUGUCCCAGCUUUGGUCAGUCAGUCUGAAUCUGGAGGCUUCGAGGAUCUGAGCUGUACCGUCCACACUGGGACCUGUAAUGGAGAUCACAGUGUUUACUGGUUCAGAAACUCUGAGGAAGCUCACCCAGGACUGAUCUACACCCAUGGAGACAGAGAUGAUCACUGUGAGAGAAAACCCAACACACAAGUACACUCAUGUGGCUACAACCUGCCGAUGAAGAACGGGACUGGUCCUGAAGCUGAGGCUGACCUCUGUGCUGUUGUUUCAUGUGGACAUGUCCUGUUUGGAGACAAGAUGAAGUCAGACAUGGAGCGAUCUACAGAUAAAACUGACCCUUUUGUCUUGGUGUUAAUUUUGGCUGGAGCGUUGGCGUUCAACAUCAUGCUGGUCGUUAGUCUGGCAUUUGGAGCCUACAGGAAGUACCAAAGAAACCGCUGCCUACAUACAGCUGACCACGGCCUGACUAUGACCUUACGACCUUACGACCCUUACAAGGAUUUCUGGCAUGAUAACCAAGAGAUGGAAAACCUCCAUUACGCUGCACUGAGAGUGAAGAAGACCAACAGCAGAUCAACAAGACUCAAAGACCCCAGUCUGAGUGAAUGUGUGUACUCUGGUGUGAGGCAGUAG